GCACCUUUCAGCAGUGAUGGAUCAAUGGAGGUCCCACUUACUCAAUGUUUCACAUUUGUUCAGAACCCUUCGAUAGAGGCUCGCGUUUGGCAGGUUCAGAGUUUGUGAUCCAACGCUUGUCACCCCACCUCUCCUAAACCCUCCACGGCAAUUCGCACGACCAUCGGUGAGGAUGCUUGGUCGAAGCGUCUAAAAACUAUAUAUUCCCCCCUCCCUACACCACCAUGCCUUGUCUUCUUCGUUCUCCUACCACGCUGGUGCGAUUCAAUCCUUUUACAGUCUAUCUGUUCGACGGUUCUACAGGCUAGUUCCUGUUCGCUUUCUUCACUCCUUUUUGAUUCUUGGUCUCUUGCCUGUGGCAGUUACCAGACAUUCCUUUUUUGGACAAACGCCAUUGUACUACGUGUGACAAAAAGUAGCGCCCUCGCUCAUCUUCAUUUUACGAACAAUCGUCUCUCGAUAAGAAAGUCAUUGUUCUACUCAGUCUUGAACAAAGCAGGCAUUGUUACUCAGCUCUGCUUCUCUUCACAGGUAUGGCCUAUUUGCGCUGAAGUAUUUCCUAUGUCCGUUAUUCGAGACCGUUCUGGAUUCGCGGAACUUCACCGUGUUCCUCUAUCUUGUGUUGGUCAACUCGUGAAGGAUCAGCUCUAUAUAACAGCUCGUCACCUCCAUACUUUGCGACACCACCAUCUAACUGAUCACCUUCCAGACUCGUUUCGCACGACUACAUCCAAGGUCUUGUCCCGCGGUUCUGACUCGUCCGGUACGAUCAGAAUCUCCAGCCAUUCUUUCAGCUGUCGAAUAGUCAGAUCAAUAGCACCGACGUUCUUUCAAACGAUCAAAAUGUUCAGCAAGGCUUUCGUUGCCGCGGCUCUACUCGGCGCCGCCGCCGUUGAUGCCCACAUGGUGAUGUCGAGCCCCGUUCCUUACGGCAAGGACACUCUCAACAACUCUCCGCUCGCGGCGGACGGCAGUGAUUUCCCUUGCAAGCUGAGGUCCAACACUUACCAGGUCACCGAAGAGAACACUGCCGCCAUCGGCCAAUCGAUGCCCCUGACUUUCAUGGGUAGCGCUGUUCACGGCGGUGGAUCUUGCCAGGUCAGUCUGACCACCGACCGCGAGCCCACGAAGGACUCCAAGUGGAUUGUCAUCAAGUCGAUCGAAGGUGGAUGCCCCGCCAACGUUGAUGGUAACCUUUCUGGUGGUCCCACCUCUACCGGAGCUUCCAAGUUCACCUACACCAUCCCUGAAGGUAUUGAGCCUGGCAAAUAUACCCUCGCCUGGACUUGGUUCAACCGUAUCGGAAACCGUGAGAUGUACAUGAACUGUGCCCCUCUUACCGUGACCGGUGGUUCUUCCAAGCGUGACGAAGUUCCCAAGGAGAAGGCGGUUGAGAAGCGCUCUCCUAACUUCCCGCCCAUGUUCGUCGCCAAUGUCAACGGCUGUAUCACCAAGGAGGGUGUCGAUAUUCGUUUCCCCAACCCCGGUUCCAACGUUGAGUACGCUGGUAACAAGAACAACCUUGCGGCUGAGGGCAGCCAGGCCUGCACUGGCACCCCUAGCUUCGGUGGGGAUGGCAACACCGCUGGUUCUAGUGGCUCUUCCGGCAGCUCUUCUGGAAGCUCCUCUAGCAGCUCCUCCGGUGCUACCUCUGCCCCUGCGCCUCCUGCGCCAGUAGCUUCCUCGACUUUGGUCCCCAAGCCUUCCCAGUCCUCUGCUCCUGGUGUCUUUGUCCCUACUGACGCCCCCGCCCAGCCCACCCACACUAGCGCCCCGUCUGGUGGCUCUAGCUCCGGCUCUGGUUCCAGCUCCGGUUCCAGCUCUGGCUCCGACUCUUCCUCCAGCUCUGGUGCUCUGACUGGAUCUUGCAGCUCGGAGGGUUCCUGGAACUGCAUCGGUGGUUCUUCCUUCCAGCGUUGUGCCAACGGACAGUGGACCCCGACGCAGCAGAUGGCUGCUGGUACUGAAUGUACUGCCGGCCAGGGCACGGAUCUCAAGAUCAAGGCUAUCAACCUCAUGCCCCGCAUGCUCCACGAGAUGCGUCACAGGAAGCGCAACUACCACAACCACGCAUAAAGAAAGUCUGAUAUCCGCUGGUCCGGUUAUCGGGCUUCCUUUUUGAAUUCUCUUCGUUCUCCUUGCACCGGCGCGGACGCUAGUGGGGAGUCUUUCUUGGAUGGAUUUUCUUCUUCGAUUGUAUUUACUUUAGGGUAAAUGAAAGAAAGGUUGGAACUCAAGACCUUCAUUGAAUAGAAAGCUUUGAACAUUAUAUUCAGUUGGCACAGAAUUAGUUUGACGUACCGGUAGUUUGAACUAGUGUUGUUUGCAACACCAAUGUUUGUAGUCCCCAUGAAGUUGAACUAUUACCAGUUCCUAGAAUGCCACCUUACACAUUUCAUGUAUCUCCAUGAGAGCGAUGCAACUAGAACCGCGUAAUGUUGGAUAUUCUGAACAUGAAGCUUUUCCAGACAUAAACAUUUACCUUAAAGCUAGUGUAUAGCAAGUCACUCUCAGAUUAAGUGGUCUGCCGAUCUUAAGUGUUGCACGGUCUUAUCCAUAUAUUGUCUAUUUAGUAUGCAUUUCAAAGAUAUAUAAAGGUAUGUACAAAUCAUGGCAUGAGUUGAAGGCAACCUUGGACGUAACUGAAUGAGCUCAUAUCCCCAUGGAUAUUUCGGGGUAUCUCAAAUAUAUUCCAACAGUCCCAUGUGAUGGGCGGUUGGAAAUAGAAUCGUUGGGCAUGCAUGCUUCAGUAGCACGUAAAGCAUCUCCACGGAAUCUUAUCUAUGUAUCAUCUUGCUGAAGACUUUUGUGUUCGGAUAGCGU